AUGGAAUUUCCACGGGCCCCUCCUCACCUCCAAAUGCCGGAACCCAGCCAUGAAGCCAACAUCAUUGUCCGACAUGCUCUCCAAGUCUUUUGGUCGGCCGCCUAUACCGCGCUACGACAACUUCUCGCCAAACUCUUCUACCGCGAAGAAUCAACAGAAGUACGCGACGCCGUCCUCAACAGCCCUGAGCUCUUCGAUCUCAUCCUCUGCCAAAUAGGCACCCCACAAGUCCUCCAAUACAAGCGCAUCUGCAAAGAAUGGAACAAUGCCAUCGAAACCUCCCCCACAGUCCAGCACGAUCUCUGGAAGCGUCGCAUCCGCUACCGUGAAUCUCUCACCGAGUUCACAACCCACGACUCUCAGCCGUCCGACCUCCGCAACGGCGUGUGCCGCAUCUGCGGCGUCUGGGCCAACCACCAGAUCCCGUCCCCGAACAACCUGAACGCGAUCCUGACACGCCCCGAAGUCCGCCAGCGACGACCCUGGGUUGUGCGGCGCGCGAGGCGCUAUGUCGGGGCGGUGGAGCGGAGCAAUGUUUGCUGGUCCCUCCAAGACGACGGCUCGCUCUUGCUCUCAUUCCUUGGUCGUCUACCGCUCCCGACGCUGGCAGGCGAUCUGGACCUGACGACCGCGAGCUGGCGCGACACAGUCGUUUCUCUCCCAGAAGUCACAAAGGUUACUAUGCGAGGCCGGCGCGACCUCGACGUCUGGUGGCUCCCUACCGCUCCGUUCAUUAUCCGCUGGGACACGGAAGCGGUGCUUGAAACCCCCGACGGUCUGCGGAUGGGAGAUCUUGUGGACGCGAUGUGCGAGAUGCGGGAGUUCACGCAGCUGCGCCUGGGCUGCUUCAGUUGGCGCCGUGUGCACCACUACCUCGCAUUAAUGGGGGCGCUGCUGCUCGUCUGGGCUGUCACGUCGCAUGUCUGGUUGUGGAUACUUUGCAGUGUGGCACGCGGGGUGAUGCCAUGGUCCUGGGUGAAGACGUGGGUUCCGGGAGUUCUUCUGAAUUGUAGCACCCUCGCGCGGUUCCUGUGGGCGUCGCUGUGGUGCUGGGGUGGUAUUUCGGCAGGGAUGAUAUUCAAUAACAUUAAUAGCCGCGAUGGAAUAGCCCAGUUACAGAAGAAGAGCAAGGCCAAGCUGACUUGGCUCUAACGGUCAUACGUUUGAGCACCCGGGGAUACCUCUGCUCGGGCUUUGAUACUGUUCUCUCGAUACGGCUCUUAGGAUUAGCUCAGCAUAGCAGGUAAUUAUUCGGUCCAAAUGCUG